CCCAGAGGGAAAGAAAGAACUGGGGCGAUCCGGUAGGUAAAGGAGGGAACCCCCAUUUUCUACCUUUGGGGCUCCUCUUCUGCAUGAAGGUAUAAAGGGAGAUUUUCCUUUUCUCUCCCUCAAAAUGAAGAACACAUGUAAAUCCUUGUUUUUCCUGGUGAGGCAGGGGAGGCCAUAGCCACAAUGCUUAACUGCAUGCAUCUAACAUGGGGCUGGUUUUAACCCCAGCGCUCUGACCUAAACUGCUCAGCUCCCGGAAAUUCCAAGGGACCCGGUGGCCUUAGUCUUUCAGGUGGAACGGUGUGCGACAUGGGAAAGAAAACCAAGCGGACAGCUGACAGUUCUUCUUCAGAGGAUGAGGAGGAGUACGUUGUGGAGAAGGUGCUAGACAGGCGUGUAGUUAAGGGACAAGUGGAAUAUCUACUGAAGUGGAAAGGCUUUUCUGAGGAGCACAAUACUUGGGAACCUGAGAAAAACUUGGAUUGCCCUGAGCUAAUUUCCGAAUUUAUGAAAAAGUAUAAGAAGAUGAAGGAGGGUGAAAAUAAUAAACCCAGGGAGAAGUCAGAAAGUAACAAGAGGAAAUCCAAUUUCUCAAACAGUGCCGAUGAUAUCAAAUCCAAAAAAAAGAGAGAGCAGAGCAAUGAUAUCGCUCGGGGCUUUGAGAGAGGACUGGAACCAGAAAAGAUCAUUGGGGCAACAGAUUCCUGUGGUGAUUUAAUGUUCCUAAUGAAAUGGAAAGACACAGAUGAAGCUGACCUGGUUCUUGCAAAAGAAGCUAACGUGAAAUGUCCACAAAUUGUGAUAGCAUUUUAUGAAGAGAGACUGACAUGGCAUGCAUAUCCUGAGGAUGCGGAAAACAAAGAGAAAGAAACAGCAAAGAGCUAAAGGAGGGGAUGGUCUCUGUCAUUUCUCUUUGUACAUAAUACGUUCACCUCCCUGCCUCCUCUCCCUUCUACCCACCCCUUUCUAUCCUAAACACAUCCAUAAAAAAUGUGCUUAUCACUGUGCUCCACAGGAGAAAUGUUGGUAUUGGUUCUCUUGUAACAUAACUGAUGGUCUGAUUAAUGAUGAGUGUCUCUCUGUGAAGACCAGGCAUUUACAUACUGAGUGUAAUACCCACAAUUUUUUUUUCCUUUGCCCUGAUCUCUUCCUUCUGCUCCCCUGUGACCUCAAGAUGAGUUUUAACUUUUUAAUCACCUUAGAGUCUUGAUUUUUAGAUUGGGGGAUUUUGUCACAAUGAUGUUGAAUUUUGGUUUCUUGUUUUGGUUCUUAGAACAUGUUGCUGACUAGCUGGCCUUUGUUCUGACAUGUUGAGAUGGAAAGGAUGUUGCCCGUCUGUUAAAAAGCCAAUAGCAACUGCCUACCUGUUGGGGCUUUCCCAACCUUGUUCAGCUCUACCCAGGAGAAUACAGGGUUUCUGGUGUGGUCUUCUGGGCCACCCUCUGUUGUUCAUCCUCACUCAUCCUCCCAGAAUUACUCCAUCCUUUGGAAGAUUUGAAAUUUUACACUGAAAUUUGUCAAGACACUCUUUUUAGCCCCAGGACUUUUGGUCUUGCUUUUAGCACUCUCCACUUCUGCUUCUGUAAAGUGAUAUCAAUUUGUGAUAAAAUGACAAGAUUAUUAACUGUGGAGAUUUUUAGCUAUAGUACAUGAGGAUGAUGGGGUAGGGUACAAUUGUCUUUAUUAUCACAUAUGGUAUGUAUGUAUGAUUUCUUUCCAUUCCUCAUAUUUAGACUGUAUAUUUAUGUAGGUGUGAGUGUUUGCCUGGUGCUUGCUUGUGCCAAGGUGCUAGGCACCCUCCAAGCCUGCCAACUUUUGUGGCCUCCCAAAGCAUUCCUGUUACCAAAGAGGCUUCAAACCUGACCCUCACUUCUCAGUGGACCCGAGUUUCCCUUCCAUGCCAUUAUUUUCAGUGGGGAAGUUUUAGAGGUGAGCUGUUGGCCACAAUAUCAAUUUUAAGUAUUCAUAGCAGUUAAAAGUCUCUUGCAUUCUUGGCUCCUGGAUUUACCACCAAGAGUCCCCAAAAUAUUAAUGCUCUUCCCUUUUUCUACCCUCAAACUUAUAGUUGUAUCUUAUUUUUUAAAAUGAAUUUUCAUGGCCAGGCACAGUGGCUACCACCUGUAAUCCCAGCACUUUGGGAGGCUGAGGCAGGAGAAUUGCUUGAAGCCAGAAGUUUGAGACCAGCCUGGGUAAUGUAGUGAGACCCCUGUCUCUAAAAAAUAUAAAUAAAUAAAAAUAAAGGCAUGUUCCUAAAAGACUAUCACCUUGGAAAGUGACAGGCCCUGGCAUUAUUAGCAUGUUGACACAACCUUUUCUCCUUACUCAGCAAAAUAUUUCCUUUUGGUUUCUUCUUGUGUUGCUAUUAUAUUGAGAAAUUUGUCUGAUCAUAUCCUUCUGCCUUUGUCCCCCAAGAAAUGUCCUACUUUAUCCUUUUCUUUUUGUGGUUGAGGAGGGCUAGAGAAUCACAAUUAGAAGUAAGGAAAUAGCAGGGUUUUGAGGACCCUUGUCCCAGCCCCAAAGCUGAGGAAAUAAGAAUAAAUGCUUAAUAUAGCCUUAAUUCUAGAGUGCACCAGCCAUGAGGCUGCUUUUCUUGUUGCUUUUGAUUUUUAAAACAUACAGCUGUUUGGCCAGGAGCAUCCACCAUUUCUAGAUUAUUCAGAGUAAUGAGGGGAAUGGAUGGAUUGCUCUAGUCCACAGAUGAGCCA